AAAAAAAAAAAAAAAAAAAAAAAAAAAAAAAAAAAAAAAAAAAAAAAAAAAAAAAAUAUAUAUAUAUAUACAUAUAUAAAUACGUUAUAAGAAAAAAAAAUCUUUUUAAUACCUUUUACGUUUUUUUUUACGUUUUCCUUUAAAAAAAUAUAUACAUUAUUUAUUAUUAUUAUAUAAUAAAUAUAAUAAUAUGCCACGAGUUAAUCCUUUACGAAAUCCAAAAUUUUUAGUAUUAUGUGGAGUUUUCUCAAUUUUUUUAUUUCUUUUCAUAGUAGUACCAGAAUUUCAAAAUCAUUUUCCAAUACCGAUAUCUGUUGAUGUGGAACCAAUACAAUUAUCUCCAGAAUUACUCUUGGAACCGAUUUAUGGAUAUAAUAAUUAUAGUGAAUUUAUUCAAGGUCAUUUACCAAUAGUUAUAUCGAUGCCACAUGGAGGACAUUUAUUUCCUGAUUAUAUACCGGAUCGUAAACAAACUUUUCCAAGUGUAGUAAAGUCAAAUGAUAUUAAUACUCAAGAAAUUGGGAGAGAAUUAGCCGAAUUAAUUACGGAAAAAUUCAAAGGAAGAAAACCUUAUAUUAUUAUAAAUCAUUUAGGCAGAAGCAAACUUGAUGUAAAUCGUCCUUUGAGAGAAGGUGCUGAAAGUGACGGUAGUAAUUUCCCUUCUGAUACUCAAAUAGCUUGGAGUGAUUAUCAUACUUUUUUGAAUAAUGCUGUUGAAGAAAUCGAGGAAAGAUUUGGUCGUGGUCUUUUGAUUGAUAUUCACGGACAUGGACAUCCAGAAAAUUAUAUUGAAUUGGGAUAUGUUUUAUCAUCAGAAGUAUUAACACUUCCAAAUGAUAUAAUAAAUUCGGAUCCAAAAAUUUCGGAUGGUUCAAGCAUAAGAUCUCUUUAUAAUAGAAAACAAACCACAUUAAGUUUUGCAGAAUUAUUACGUGGCAAAACAGCUUCACUUGGUGGUAGAUUACAAUCUUAUGGUUACGAAACAAUUCCAUCUCAUGUUCAUGAAUAUCCAUUAGUAAAUGAAAAAUAUUUUCACGGUGGUUAUAGUGUUCAAAAAUAUGGUUCAAGGCAUGGUGAACAAGUUAUAGAUGCUAUACAAGCCGAGUUACCAAGAUUAUUAAGACUUGGAAAUAAAGAAAUAAGAGAUCAAUUUGUUAAAGAUUUUGCUGAAAGUCUUUCUUGGUUUGUAAAAGAAUAUUAUUGGGAAGGUGGCCAAGGUUCAAAACGUUUAACGAUGGAUAUGCCUGAACGCAAUUAAUUCGAUUUUUUUUAUUUUUUAUUUUUUAAUUUUUAAUAAUGUUGAUAAUUUUACAUCAUGUUGAUAAUUUACAUCGUAAAAAAAAAAAGAAAUUUUGGCUAAUUUCAUUUUAGAAUUUCCACAUAUCAUUUAUUUUUAAAAUAGAACACAAAAUCAUAUCGCAAUCAAACUUCAUUUUAAUUUUCUAAUUUUUUUUUUAUUACAAAAAUUUAUACGUUAAUUUGCACGUAUAAUAUCGUUUGGUAUCAAUUCUUUUUUAAUUGUAAAUUUUUUGUUUUUUCACAUUUUUGUUCCUUUUUUUCCUUUUUUU